CCGAAAUGCGUUGUAUUAGACCGUCUCGCAGUUCAGCAAAUGCAGCUGCCGACCAGGACUGGCGGCACCCGGCCGCUCCGAUCUGGCCUGGCCGGUCCGUUACCCGGCGGCAGCGGCGCGACCACCCUCGGCCACCGCCGCCGCUGCCGCCAGUCGCGCCGGGCCGCCGCCACGGGAGGGAGUACGCGCGUGGAGCCUGCGGCUGGAGGCCUGGUGCCCGACCGGAAAGGUGCUGACGGGGUGAGGUUACUGACAAGAGACGCUGUGUGGGCAGUGAGGACGGUACGGGUUAGAUUGUGAGCUUGAUAGAUGUUUGUGCUGAAAGGAGUGCCGCGGCGUGGAUUAUCAAAAGGACAGUGAACUGUGGUGUGAGCUGUAACUUGAACUAGAUGAGCUGGACUGUGACUGGACUGGAUCUGUGUGACUGGCUGUGUGAGGACUGCUAACACGGACUGCACUCAAACCGCAUCGAGUGGAUCUCGCCGCCGUGCUUCGUGGACUGAAAGAGGCUAAGAGCCCAGUGCAGUGCAGCGGACUCGGGCAUUGUGUCAGGAGGGCGACAAUAGACGGCAGAGCCGAGCGUGAAGACAGCUCAGUGCUGUGCAUCUGAGAGGAAUCAAGUGGAGGCGUGGACGAAGUGCGGCGCUCUAUCCACCAGACUUCAUUGUGAUUAGCUCAAGAAAGACGGUCCCGUCAAAGCAGACCUGUUUGUGGAUCGCUGACACCUCUGUCGGCUCCUGACGGCUGCUGACGGCUGUCAGCUCUCCGCGCCGGCAGCAUCAUGUCGGAGCCGGCCUACUCGCGGCUGCUGUGCACUCCGCGGCCGGCGCUGGGCUCUGCCCUCGGCUGCUGCCACCGCUCGCGGCUGGCGCUGGAGCAGCUCCGCGGUCAGGUCAGCGGCCUCGGGUCGCAGCUCAGGGGUCAGCUGGCUGACCUCAGCUCGGCAGCGGUGCCCAAAGUGACCGGCCUGCUGCAGGACCUACCGCGCGUCUUCUGCGCACCCACGGCCAAAUUCAGUGAGGGCAGUUUCGUGGACCGACUUCCCGCAGCGAUGGUCGAGAAGGUCACCUCAACAGUCAUCACCAAGGGGCCUCACAAGCUGGCCCCAAUCAUCACAGACGGUCCGCUCAAACCGGCCUCAGUGGCGCCCUCUGAGCGGCGCCUCUCCAUCACAGAUGGCGCUGUGAUCGCCAGGCCGGAGACGCCGCCGGCCACCGAGGCCGACGACUCUGCCUCGAGUGACGUCGACUCGGGAACUGCUGACGUCAUGGAUGACCUGCCGUCGCCCGGCACGCCCGAGCCGGAGGAGGAGGAGGAGGAGGACGGUGUCAGGGAGGAGGACCGCCACAGAGUGGUCAUCUCAGUCACUCAGGACUUGGCAGAGAUCCACGGACCCCUGGGCUGUCAGGAGGUGCCCCCGGUGGUGGUGCGUCUGAAGCCCGGCGACCAGGGCCGUUACGGCUUCAACGUCAAGGGCGGCGCCGGCUCCAACAUCCCCGUCACCGUGUCCAAGGUGGCACCGCGCUCUGCCAUCUGCUGCAACGGGCCGCGGCUCAGCGAGGGAGACCAGGUGGUGCUCAUCAACGGGGUCGAUGUCUCCUCCUUCACCCUCCGCGAGGUGGUGCGCUUCAUCAAGUCGUGCCGCGAGCGCCAGUCAGAGCUUGAGCUCACCGUCAAGCCCAACCUGAACUGCGAGCUCCAUGACGACCUGGAGGAGCCUCUGGUGCGUUUCGUGCCGGACACCACCCCGCUGUCGCUGUCGGGAUCGGACAGCACGGCGGCCACGCUCACGCUGACGGCUGAUGCCACCCCGCUCGCCCGCUCCAUCGCCGAGCUGGCGCACGCGCUGUCCCGAGGUAUGGCUCAGCUGGAGUUUGACGGCCUGGCCCGACGGGAGCUGAGUCUUACCAUGGACGAUUGUCGGCUGCCCUCAAACAUCGCCAAGAACCGCUACAGGGACAUUUCACCAUACGACUGCAGUCGGGUGGUGCUGACAACUGCCGAGUCGGGAGACUACAUCAACGCCAACUGUGUGAACAUGGAGAUUCCCGGCUCCGGCAUCGUCAACCGCUACAUCGCCGCCCAAGGUCCGCUGCACCACACCACGGACGACUUUUGGGCGAUGAUCUGGGAGCAGAAGUGCCCCCUGGUGGUGAUGCUCACCACCCUGGUGGAACAGGGCCGCGUCAAGUGCCACCAGUACUGGCCCGACGAGGGUCAGAGCAUGCUGUUCGGCGACUUUGAGGUCACCACCGCAUCAGAGGAGGUCACGGAGAACUUCGCCUUCCGAGAGAUCACCAUCACCUCCCAGGAGACGGGCGAGGAGCGUCACAUCUCUCACAUGCAGUACGUCUCGUGGCCGGACCACGGCGUGCCCGAGCAGCCGGCCGACUUUGUCCAGUUCGUGCAGCGGGUGCGCUCGGCGCGGGCCGGCCUGGUCGAGCCGACCGUGGUCCACUGCUCGGCCGGCAUCGGCCGGACGGGCGUGCUCAUACUGAUGGAGACGGCUAUGUGCCUGAUCGAGGCUAACCAGCCCGUCUACCCGCUGGAGCUGGUGCGCACCAUGCGGCGGCAGCGCGCCAUGAUGAUUCAGACCACUAGUCAGUUUGAGUUUGUGUGCGAGGCCGUGGUACAGGUGCACCGAGAAGGCACGGUGCGGCCCCUGGAGGAGCUCAGCAGUCGGGACUGAACCGGUCGCACGGGGGCAACGGGCCGCUAGUCAACCCCGCGAGUACAACCGCGUCGUCAGCUCGGCAGUGCUGCCACCUGAGGGACAGAAUGUCAAACUGCUACCUUUGGACGGCGCCACCAGGCGGCGAGCUUGUGAUUGAGCUCCGCAGCGCCUAGACUUGCGGUUUUUGGGGUCGGUGAAAGGAGGGGCUCAACGUGGUUAUUGUGGGACAUACUGAGUGGACAUGGUUUCUGUACGUGUUUGCUGUGACUUGUCCGGACUUAGCGUAUGCGCGCGAUUUGAUGACGCCGCGCCUUGUGGUCGUGACGUGCGGGCCGUUUGUUGCUGGAGGCCGCUGCCGACCGUGUUGUGCUCGUGAUAGGGCUCGGUGUCGGCUCGAUAUUCCCGCCGCGCGUUCAGUGUUCAUCGUGUCUACCAGCACCGAUCCGACCCGGGCAGGGUUGAUCUCGGAGUAGGUCACAGCGCGCUGAAUGUUUUCGCACCAGACGUGUGUUCCUUAGAACGGUGACCUUUCAAAAUCGUCACCGUGGAAUCAUGUCACAAACUGAUGGACAGAGCGUCCCCAAAAGUAGCCGCUGAUAGCGAUUCAGCGCUUACCCGGCGUGUUGAUGUGUGCAUCGAAGUGGAACUGCACCACACUGCGUGACACUGUGACAAACGUGUCCGUUUUAGCAGCUGGGCUGUCACGUUAUCACACAGCGGCGAGAUGGCUAUUCGGAUUACCUGUAUUUAUUUUAAUGUGCGAGCAUGAUCUGUAUGUGCUGACGAAAUAACCCAUGUGUAUAUUUAUGAUACAAUACAGUAACGACGUGUUUCCAGUU